AUGUCUUCACCCAAAAUGGUACAUGAAUAUUUCCAACGAAAGCUAUCAGAAUGGAUUCCUCAAUGUGACCUUCGAGCUUACUUGAUGUUCAAGUCUUCGAGUCGACCUGACACUAGCCCCCUUCAGAGUACAGAUGACCUUCGAGCUUGUCUGAUGUUAAGUCUUCGAGUCUAUCUGGAGGGGAAAUCAAACGGAAUGAAUGAGAACAUAUUUCAUACUAAUUUCCUAAAUCUUCCAUGUCAGGGGGUAGACCGUGGUCUGGCAAAAGAAUGGAGGGAAGAACAUAAAGCCGAUGGACCUCCAAUUCACCUCCACCAAUCAAAAUUUAUAAGCUGUAAAAAUAACAAUGGGAAUAUGAGUGGAACAACAAACAGCGGAGCUUUUAUUAUUGGAUCAUCAAAAAUAGAUCAGAAAAAAGAUCUAGUGGACAAGAUCAAUGCCUUCUUCAAAGAUUCUUCCGGCGUAAAGUCAAUGAAAUUUAUUGAGAAACUGCGGAGAUUAAAUGACGACUCAGAAAUAAUAAGCGAUGACAACAAAAAAUUCGAUGAGGAGGAUAAAGACUCCUUUUCUGUACCUAAUGAUAAUGAUUCGGAAUAUAUUCCAAGGUAUAAUUGGGGUUCCGAUUAUUUCACACGACAUUAUAAAAGAACUGAAGAAAAAUACGACAUUCGUAAACACUACGAUAAAGAAUGGAUUCAAUUGGCCAUUCAAACACUUGUAAAUCUAUACAAAAAUAUGGAUUCCUCUCUAAUAAGAACACAAUACGAACAUUGGUUUACAGUUGCACUUCUUGGAACGUGCAUUGACUUCUGUCUUAGGGACAUUCAAUUAGGAACUGAUAUUAAAAGAAUUGAUGCACCGUCAUCAAGUAGUGUUAACCGGAAGAAUCAAAAUCGAAAAGCAAAUACACGUAAAAGAAAGCUCGUUGGCCGUAAAAUUGACGGAAUAAUAUAUACAACUGAUGAGCUUUUUGAAUUCGGAGCCAUAGAAGGUGCAAUGUCCUUUAAGGGUGUCUCAGACAAUAAAUAUCUCAAUGAAGAGUUCAAAAUGCCAAAGACUCUUCGAGAUAUAUAUUCCGAUUUGAUCAGAGCUGUAAAUUAUGACGAUCAAAGAGCAAACAAACUCCAAGUAAUUGGUAUCCUACACCUUGGAUUAUGGAUUCAAUUUGUAAGAUUAUGGCAUAUUAUUACUGUUUUGGUGUCGGUUUAUGCAAGAUCAUUGGUGGAGGAGUAUAAAGAAGUAAUAGAAAAAGAAGACGGCGGUAAUGGUUGUUGUGGUGUUAGUAGUGAUGUUGGCAAAAUAGAUUGUAAUAAAGAUUUCAUUAACUUCGAAAACUUGAAUUAG